AUUACAACUACUUCUCGUCCAUUAUUGGCAACCCUCGAACAAAAUGGGUGGCGAUCUGAACUUGAAGAAAUCAUGGCAUCCCUCCCUCCUCCGCAACCAAGAACGGGUAUGGGCAGAGGAAAAGCGCGCCCUAGAAGAACGCAAACGCAUCGACCAACUCCGUCGUGAACGAGAUGAAGAACGCCAAAUACAAGAACUGCAGCGGCUUCAAGAAGCCUCGGGGAAACCCAAGCAGCACCAGCGCGUCGACUGGAUGUACCAGGCUCCUUCGAGCGCGACAGGCCACUACUCUGAGGAAAUGGAAGGGUAUCUUCUUGGCAAGAGGAGGAUUGAUUCGAUUUUGUUGAAGAAUGAAGAGAGCAGUAAGAAGCUCGAGAAGGGUGUCGAUGCGGUUACGACGGCGGCUCAGACUGGUGGUGGUGCUGUUCUUUCGGCGCGGGACACUAUGACUAAGGUCCGGUCUGAUCCGUUGCUGGAGGUGAAGAAGAGGGAGCAGGCGGCGUACGAGGCUGCAUUGCAGAUGUCGAUAAGGCGGCAACAGAGAGCUGAGCGGCGGGAGAAGAAGGAGAGGAGUCGUCAGUCGACACAUGAGAGACGAGGUAGGGAUGAGGAAGAAGAUUCACAUCGGCGGCACCGAAGGCAUCACCGACAUCGUUCUCGGUCUCGGUCUCCAGUGUCACCGGAUCGGGAGUCGCGUAGGCGACGGAGGAAUGAUUCCCGUGAUGAUUGGCAUAGGAGAGAGGAUAGGGAUUAUCGCCGACACAGGGAUGAUAGGGAUCGGAGGGACGACAGGUAUCGACACAACAGAGAUAGAGGUGAGAGGGGUCACAGAGAUGAUAGAGAUUAUCAUCACUCUAGCAAGUAUAGCGACCGUGAUGUGCGAGACCGCUCCCGCUCUGGGCGUCGCGAUUCAUAUCACCGACGGUCUCCAUCAGCAUCUUCGUCCGCCUCAUAUGAAAGAGUUCGCCCAUCCAGUCGGCGCUCGAGCGGCGAAAAUCCCCCUUCUAAGCCAUCUUACGAUACGAAGAAUCAUUCAAACGGAGAACAAAACUACACUCGAAAAGAUACCAGACCCCGUCACGGAGACUACAAACGACAACCGUUCCAUCGAGGCUCUGACCGCAGCAACGAUGAGGCCAAGAAAGCCCAGCUAGAAGAAGAGCGUAAGAGAAAACUCGCCGAAAUGCAGUCCAACGCCGAGGAAAUGGAAGACACCCGCCGCCAGCGCGUGAAAGACAUCACAGCCAUAGAAGAGCAGCAGCGAUUGGAAGAGGACAAGCAUCGGUCUGACCGGGGACGGUUUGUGUCUCAACUGCAUCGCCGCGCUCAGGAGGACAGUUUGGAUGAGAGGAUUAGGAGGAGCAGAGGUGGCUUAGCUAAGUUGGAUGAAGAUUGAGAUCCAUCCUUCUUUAAUUUUCAUUUCUUCCUACUUGUUUUUGCCUUGGGGGUACCUAAGGUCUAUGUGGAUUUUUCAUGAAUGAAUCCGUGGUGUUUUCAUCCCUUUCCCUUUUCAUCUGGCGUCAUCGGAUCAGGACAGGGCGCUAUUCAUUACACACAAUUCAAAUAGUUGAAACUGGCAAUGGAACUAUACCCAUAUCUCAUUCAUAAAGAUAAAUACCUUGAAUUUCUAUGAGGUUCACUGGAUGUGCUAUUGUUGGUAUGUUGUAGUUCUAGUGAGGAUUUCAC